UUAGUCCGGUCCUCGCAGGCGCCGAAGUGUGGGGCGUUGGGUUCCUGCUGCACGGAGGAGGGAAUAGACUCAGAGGUGAACUUGCACGGAGUCCUAGAACGAGGAAUGGUAGGGCUGCGUUUCAGUCCCACGUGUGUCUGAAUCUUUUCAUUAUUCUAGGCCACCUCCCUCUUUUAAGUAUAGGCUUUACUGUGGCCGUCUACCCAGCUGAAUGGCAGUCUAAUUACAAUGAAAAGUCAUCACACAUGCCCAUGUUCACUACAGCAUAAUCCACUAUAGCCAAGAGGUGGGAGCAGCCGAGAUGUUUAUGGGCAGGACCUUAGCAUCCUGAGGCGUUUUGGAUUCAUAGCCUUCAAGGCUGACCUGGUCGGAGUUCAGCAUGUCCAAGUUAAAAAGCUCAGAGUCGGUCAGGGUGGUGGUCCGCUGUCGGCCCAUGAAUGGCAAGGAGAGGGCCGCUUCGUAUGACAAAGUGGUGGAUGUGGACGUGCAGCUGGGGCAGGUGUCCGUGAAGAACCCCAGAGGAGUGGCCCACGAAAUGCCCAAGACCUUCACCUUCGAUGCAGUCUAUGACUGGAAUGCCAAGCAGUUUGAACUCUACGAUGAGACGUUCCGACCGCUCGUGGACUCCGUUCUGCAGGGUUUCAAUGGGACGAUUUUUGCCUAUGGACAAACGGGGACUGGGAAAACCUACACCAUGGAAGGAGUCCGGGGUGACCCUGAAAAGAGAGGGGUCAUCCCUAACUCAUUUGAUCACAUCUUCACCCACAUCUCUCGAUCCCAGAACCAACAGUACCUGGUUAGGGCUUCUUACCUCGAGAUCUACCAGGAGGAGAUCCGAGACCUGCUCUCAAAGGAUCAGACCAAAAGGCUUGAGCUCAAAGAGCGGCCUGACACUGGAGUGUAUGUGAAAGACCUGUCUUCCUUUGUCACCAAGAGUGUGAAGGAAAUAGAGCACGUGAUGAAUGUGGGGAACCAGAACCGUUCUGUUGGUGCUACCAACAUGAAUGAGCACAGCUCACGUUCUCAUGCAAUUUUCGUCAUCACCAUUGAGUGCAGCGAGGUGGGCCUUGAUGGAGAAAACCAUAUUCGUGUAGGGAAAUUGAACCUUGUAGAUCUUGCGGGCAGUGAACGGCAAGCCAAGACCGGCGCGCAAGGGGAAAGACUGAAGGAAGCGACCAAGAUUAACCUGUCCCUUUCUGCCUUGGGUAAUGUCAUUUCUGCCCUGGUGGACGGCAAAAGCACUCACAUUCCGUAUCGGGACUCCAAGCUUACCAGACUCCUCCAAGAUUCUCUCGGUGGCAACGCUAAAACUGUGAUGGUGGCCAACGUGGGGCCCGCCUCUUACAAUGUCGAAGAGACUCUGACCACUCUGAGAUACGCCAACCGUGCCAAAAACAUUAAGAACAAGCCAAGGGUCAACGAGGACCCUAAGGAUGCCCUCCUUCGAGAAUUCCAAGAAGAGAUUGCUCGCCUCAAGGCCCAGCUAGAAAAACGGUCCAUUGGCAGGAGAAAGAGGCGAGAGAAGCGAAGGGAAGGUGUUGGCAGUGGUGGGGGUGGGGAAGAUGAGGAGGAGGAGGGAGAAGAGGGUGAGGAGGAAGGGGAUGAUAAGGAUGAUUAUUGGCGGGAACAGCAAGAAAAACUGGAGAUUGAGAAGCGAGCCAUUGUGGAGGACCACAGUUUGGUUGCAGAGGAGAAGAUGAAGCUGCUGAAAGAGAAGGAGAAAAAGAUGGAGGACCUGCGGCGGGAGAAGGAUGCUGCCGAGAUGCUGGGUGCCAAGAUCAAGGCCAUGGAAAGUAAGCUGCUUGUUGGAGGAAAAAAUAUAGUAGAUCAUACAAAUGAACAGCAGAAAAUCCUGGAGCAAAAACGGCAGGAAAUUGCAGAGCAGAAACGUCGAGAAAGAGAAAUCCAGCAGCAGAUGGAAAGUCGAGAUGAGGAGACUUUGGAACUUAAGGAGACAUACAGCUCAUUGCAACAAGAGGUGGACAUCAAGACCAAAAAACUCAAAAAGCUCUUCUCCAAGCUGCAGGCAGUGAAGGCAGAGAUCCACGACCUCCAAGAGGAGCACAUCAAGGAACGGCAGGAGCUGGAGCAGACUCAGAAUGAGCUCACCAGGGAGCUGAAACUCAAGCAUCUUAUUAUAGAAAACUUUAUCCCUCUGGAAGAAAAAAGUAAAAUUAUGAACAGAUCCUUCUUUGAUGAAGAGGAAGAUCACUGGAAAUUACAUCCUAUAACCAGACUGGAGAAUCAGCAGAUGAUGAAGCGGCCAGUCUCAGCUGUGGGGUAUAAGAGACCAUUGAGCCAACAUGCAAGAAUGUCCAUGAUGAUUCGUCCAGAGGCCCGAUACAGGGCAGAAAACAUUGUGCUGUUAGAGCUGGACAUGCCCAGCCGGACCACCAGAGACUAUGAGGGCCCGGCUAUUGCCCCCAAAGUCCAGGCCGCAUUGGAUGCAGCUCUGCAGGAUGAAGAUGAGAUACAGGUGGAUGCAUCAUCCUUUGAAAGUACUGCAAAUAAGAAAUCCAAGGCCAGGCCUAAAAGCGGAAGGAAGUCGGGAUCCUCCUCUUCUUCCUCAGGAACCCCUGCAUCGCAGCUUUAUCCACAGUCACGAGGGCUGGUUCCAAAGUAAAGCCAGUUCCUUCUCUCCCGGGGUUUAAACAGCAUUUGCCUUCUGAGAGAAGACAUGAGCAAAUCCCUGCAGAGAGGACUCCAGCCCAAACUCAGAACCAUUCCCCUGGGGAGAAGUGAUGGCCUCUUUGCAGGUUAACCAAUUGAAUCUGGCUGAAAGGUGCUGGUCCUAACCCGGCACUCAGCAGCGUCCUUUCAUUAGCAUCUCAGAAAUGCAUGGGUCAGGUUAAGUGCGGUAGUCGAAGUGGAAAGCAAGAGAAUGACCAGUGACCUUGCUUCCCUUCUCCCUUGCCUUCUCCUCUCCCUACCCUUGCCUUCCUCCCUGUCCCCUCUCCUCUUCUAGCCUGUUCUUUACACUGGGCUCCCUUGUUGCCCAGUAGGGCAGAAUCAGGAGUCACCUUAGUGGGACCAAGUCUUUGGAGCCUCAGGAUACAGUGCCAGUGAGGUUGAAAAGUGCAAGCCCUAGAACUUGAAUAGGUGCUGCUCCUGUAGUUGGAAUGAGACGUCUCAUUUGGACCCAAGCCCCCAGUGGGCAUGAUCCAUGCUCCUCAGUAGAAAGUGGAUCCGCCUUUGGGAUCUGCCGUAUAAGGAAUGUUUUUCAAGGAAGCUGCCACUUUUCUGCUCCUGAAGGAUUAAUGUUGGAAGCAGUAGAAAUCAUAUUCCCUUUGCCUCCUUGGAGAGUUUAGGGGAAACAGCUUCUUUAAAACCUCAACACCAUGACCAUCCUCUCAAAGAUGUAAAUCUGUAAGCCAAUGCCAUGUCCAUACACCAUGUCACUUGACUCUUCAUUUGUCACCAUCUUUAGCCAAGUGUGCGUACUCUGAGCAUCCCUUCCUAGGCCAGGGCAUGCUCUGCAGUGGGCCUGCUUUAUGGGAGAGACUGGCGCUGCCUUCUCUGAUGGGAUAAGAGUAGGGGGAAUGAGACAUACAGUGGCACUUUUGAACCCCCACUUUGUUCCGUGUUUGCAUAGACAGCAUCGGGGUGACUGGGCAGAGGCCGAGGCACGAAGCCCAGCGCAGAGUGAAGGGAAGACAUAACAGACACAAAGAGCUCCGCUUGCCUCCAGCUGGAAGUCACCUUGACCUAGAAUUGCGGCUCCCCCCACGCAGAACCAAAAGUGGUGGUGAGGAGUGGCCGUGCGAUUGAAUAGGCUCAGAGGAGAGGGUUAGAAAUUCCCGUUUACAUAAACUAGUUUGGUUUAUAAGUUUUA